AGGAGAACAUUGAUUAUCAGAGUGCAAUUAGACAGGAAGUACUAGUCUAAAGUUCAUGUUCGUGGAAACCCAGUGGACUGAAAGAAGCUCCAAACAUUCAAGGAGAGGGACGCAGGAGAACAUCUGAGGUCUGCAUGCUGGAGUCUUUUAGGGCACAACUUUAAUUAGUGGAGGGAAUCAGAAAACUGAGCUGACAGGGUGAAGAUGGACAUCCUCGAGACUGAUGCCUAUGACAAGCGGCAGAGGAGAUAUAUGUCCUGUGCCCUCCUUUUCUCUCUCUUGCCUUUCUUUUUGUCGUCUGCUUUAUACUUCUACCUCUGGACUCCUGAACUUGUCCCAUCAUUAGUGUCUGCAGGGGUCAAAUCAGCCCCGACUCUUCUUUUGGCUGCAGCGGUCCUGAGCUGGAAUGGAGGACAGAGUCUCUUGGGUGUGGCAGGAGGACUGAUCUUCUCCGCCGUUGGGGACUGCUGCUUAAUAUGGCCCGAGCUUUUCAUUCAUGGAAUGGGCGCCUUCGCUGUGGCUCACCUGCUCUACUCUGUCACCUUUCUAUCCAGUCGAUAUGCAACAGACUCUGCCUCCACCUUGAACCGUCUCCUGUAUCUGAUCCUUCUUAUCGUGGGGGGAGCUUUCUACAUCUAUCUUUUUCCUUUCCUACAGAAGGCACCAAACCCUGAUCUACUGACUCCCGGUGUGGGCAUCUACUUCAUCCUUAUUACUGUAAUGGCUGCAUUGGCCAUUCGAACCCGCCAUGUAGCCACGCUAUUGGGGAGUUUGUCUUUCAUGGUGUCUGAUGCGUCUCUGGCUCUGCAGGUUUUUAAAGUUUUGCCGCCGGUAGAGCAUGGUCAGAUCAUUGUUAUGAUAACGUAUUAUUUGGCGCAGCUGCUGAUUGCAGUGGGUGAUAUAAAAGCGGUGGAGAACAAGGAUGACUUUUCAAAGUGGAAGCGGUCCUAAGCUGGAUCCCUGAGGAAUCCCUGACCUCAGAAGUAUGUUUGACUAAAUUCAGAACAAAAGCUGUUGAUUAGAUACUAGUAAAAUUUUAGACUCUACUGAUAGUCACAGUUUUAUUUAAAAGGAAAAUAAGGAUAUUGGUGUUCAGCAUUUUCUGUGGUUUGCCAAAGUAUUCAUACCCAAUAAACUACUUUGUAUUUUAUUGUGUUACAACAAACUGUAA